AUGGCGCCGACCGCAGUGGGGCUCAUCAACGAAGGCUGCACUUGCUACCUGAACUCGCUUCUGCAGCUGCUCUUCCACAUUAGCUAUUUCCGCACUGCGGUCUACCGCAUCCCUGUCGAGGGUGACGAUGGGCCGACGGUGUACAAGGCACUGCAGGAGACCUUCUUCCAGAUGCAAGAGCGCACCACGCCGGCGCACACCACCGUGCUGACUAACGCCUUUGGCUGGGGUCGCAAGGAGCUAUACGUGCAGCACGACAUCCAGGAAAUGGCGACUCUGCUGCGCGACAACUUAGAGGAGCGGAUGAAGGGCACCGUGACGGAGGGCGCAAUCAACCAACUUUUCGAGGGGCGAGGCGAGCAGUUCGUGGAGACGCUAGACAAGUCGUACGUCUCACGCCGCGCCGACACCUACUACGACGUACACAUUCCUCUUGGCCAGCACAACACGCUGCUAGGCAGUCUGACCUCACUCACUGCACGCGACCAGCUCAUCGGCGAGAACAAGUACCGUGUGGAGCGAGAGGGGAUGCCGGUGGUGUACAUGGAUGCUGAGAAGGGAUACAGCUACACUCGCUUCCCUCCCGUGACGUGGUUCCAUCUUAAGCGCUUCGCCAUAGACUUGACCUCGCCGACACUAGAGAUGCGGAAGGUGAAUACGCCGCUGGAGUUCCCCGUCGUCCUCGACCUGCGCGCACUGGAGAAGCCGGACGCCGCAGCAGCUGCCGGUGGCGGUGACGCGGGCGCUAAGAGCAAAAUAGGCUCCGCUGUUGUCCCUUUCAGUAACGACUCGCCUGCCAUUUAUGAUCUGCAAGGAGUGAUUGUGCACCGGGGCACGGCUCGCAGCGGCCACUACUACUGCUACAUCCGAGAGUGGGACCCGGUGGAGCAGCGCUUCUGCCGCUGGCUCGAGUAUGACGACGAGAACGUACGUCAGGUACCGGAGGAUGUCGCGGUGCGCGCGAACUACGGCCGCAGCGCUGGCGCAGUCGACAACUUCCGCCACGACGUGUCGCUCAUGGGAGGGGCGAACGCGUACAUCCUCUCCUACGUGCGUCGUGCCGAUGCGCCGGCGAUUCUCGCGCCGUCGCCGACGGACAUCGUGUCCGACCUGGUCAAAGAGGCGAUGCGGCGUGCCAUUCAGGAAGAAGAGCAACAACUGCGCGAAGCUGAGGAGGCCCGGCUGUCCGUCACGAUGCACUGCAUCACUGAUGCGGCCCUUAGCAAGUACUGCGGCUCUGUGUCCAGUACCGAGCUCUUCUCUCGUGAUGCCAAGCAGUGGCGCCGGUUCGCUGACUGCGUCAUAACAGUGCGCAAGUCGGACACGCUGGCAGCCGUGUACGAGGCUCUGGCCGCGCAGCCGGAGAUGGCGCGGCAGGGUGUGACGGCCUUCAACUGUCGCCUGUGGCGGUGUAGCGAUGGAUCGGUGCUGCGGCCGUCUAUCCCCCUUCUGACGCACGCGGAAAGCGAGGCGCGCAAGGACCCUAAGCUGGAGCAGCAGCAGGCGUGCCUGAAGGAGUUCCUCACCGCAGAGGAGAGCAACACCGCGCUGACAAUGUGCCUCUACGUCGAUCAGGCGAAGGUGCCCUUGCCAGGUCUGCACGGCCUGACGAAGGAGUGCGGCCUGAUCCGCAGCGUCCAGCAGGACGCCACCGGCCGCUGCUACACGGUGGAGAUGUCGAGCCCAACGGAGGCGAAGGCACUGCAUAUCACCUUCGAUCACUCUGACUACUCCGCCACGGUCGAGUACGUCGUCACGACCGACAAGGAGACGCUUCCUAUCGCAAUGGCGAGCGUCACCGACAGUGGCAACACCGCUACUCUGCUGCUGGGCGCGUCGCGACGGACGGUGUCGGUGAUGUUCACAUGCUACAUGCCGAACAGGCGGAUGGUGGCUGUGCGCAACGUGCACCUCGAGCUCCCCCUCGGGCACCCCCUCCUGCAGCCGUCUUCUGCGGGAUCGGCCGCCGCACUGCCGGUGCUGCCCGCCGUUGGCUACGACCGCGCCCUCAUCUUUUUCAAGUACUACGACUACUCCUCCAACACAGUCCAGUACGUUGGCAGUCGACUCAUCGACAAGGCAGCCAAAAUCUACUGUUGCGGGGCCGUUUACCUCGACUUCCUCGGCCUCUCGGAUGACGCAGCGCCACCCUCAUCCGACACCAUCGCAGCAAGGCAGCAGCCACCACCGCCGUCAAUGUUCCGCUUCUUCCUUGAGCGUGGCGACCACACGCCGGUGGAACUCAACGAGCACCUCGACUUGGAGGACCUCAAAUCCGGCUGCGUGGUAGUGGCGCAGCUGCGAACUAUUCCACCUUCGCACCGCCACUUGUCUGUCCUCAACUACUACCGAGACACGCGCAAUAGUCUGGACGUGCACAUCGUCGAGGUGGUGCGCAGUCACCGAGCUAACGACGACGCGUAUCGGCAGACGACGAUGGAGCGGCAGCGCAGCGCCGUGGCCGCGGCCGCAGCGUUGUCCACGGCCGCCAACAAAGAGCCAACGUCGACCGGCGGUCUCGCUGCUGUCGCGCCGACAACUCCCUCUCUGAACUCGGCAGCACCGGGCGGAGAGUCAGAGGAGGCCGCCGCCGCCUCCACUACUGGCCCGCCGCAGCAGGGCAACUCGACAGCGCCGAUCAACAGCGCCGAGUCCGUGACGUCAGAUGCCACGAAGGCGAAUACGCCAAGCACCAGCAGCACUGGGGGCAUCACUAGCAGCGUGAGUCCAAUGGUGACGUCGGCCGUGGAUGCCACUGGUAGCAGAGCCGCCACCGUGGCGAACGUCGCGGUGGAGACCGACCCGAUUCGUAUCGCCACCAUGCUGAACCCAUACGAGGCAGUGCAGCUCUCCACGCUACACGAGAUUUCGGUGGCGACGCUUCCUACGGAGCACUCGUGUCGCAUGCUCUUUAGCUGGAACUACGAGGCCGUGUGCACCGCCAUCGGCCGCGUCGUCGACUUCGACCCGAGUCGUCUGCAGCUGUACCAGUGCUGCAACACCGGUGAGCCAGCGCCAGAGGUGUCACCGACGCCGUCCAGCAACCGACUCACCGUGACCAACCUCCUCUACCUGGACUCGUACAACCCGACCUCCGUGCUCUACUACGAGCGACUGGCUGAGGCGCGUGAGCAGCAUCAGAACUUUAGCGUUGUCACCGCCACACUGCGGGACCAGGCGGGCCACGCACUGCACCGCGAAAGCUACAGCGUCAACCUCGCGAGCAUCACCCGCCAGGGCCUUGUGCGGUUCGUUUGCCAGUCUGUGCCGACGUGGCAGCGUGAGGCGGACGUGUGGGGCACCAUGCAGGACACCCUUCAUUCACCCCACUUCACACUGAGCUUCGUGGACUCAGCGAGGCACGUCAUCGCGGCGAUGCAUGAGGUGGCCAUGUCGAAGACCGGCGCCGAGGAGUCUGCGCUGGAAGCGUCGGCACUGCGCAAGUUUGAGGUGGAUAUUCAAGCCGCGGCGCCGCUGCAAGGGAUGGAGCAGCGCAUUGCCUGUUGCCACAUGAACUACUCGACGCACGACCGCAGUAUGUCACUGGGGCAGCAGCAGCAGCGCGGAGCUUUUGGGCAGCCUUUCCUCAUUACGAUCGGCCGCACCACGACGGUGCGCGAUGCGCUCGACAUUAUGCUGCACACGACCCGCCUGCCCGCGGACGCGCUGAACAAUGCCGAGGGCUUCGGUGUGAUGAUGGUGGCGGGGCAAGUCUACCACUUCGAGAAUUGGGAUGAGCACGUGCACCUCUUCUGGGUGCACACCAAAAACACGUCCCAGUACGUCGCCAGUCUGAUGCUGAACCACGCCAAGCCGCGCGAGAAGCCAGGGUCUCGCUACGUUGCCCAACACAGUCCGCAGCUGAGGAUCUCCAAUAAGUAA